UCUGUAUCUUUCUCACCCCUACAUCAGGUUUUAAGCUUCAGCUCUUUUCAUAAAGUGAUUUGGAAAUUUAAAAGUGAAUCGUAAAGUGUCCACCUUCCAGUCAACACACCGGAAGCAAACUAAUUUAUAGAAAAUAAAAAAGAAGUUAAAAAUUCAUUUUGUGAAUUUUAGUUGUUAUUCUUAAUCCAAUCAGCGACAAGACAAAUUAAAAAAAAUCAAAAUGACAACCUAUUUCAACUACCCAUCAAAGGAAUUGCAAGAAGAGUUGAGCCGUAUUGCCAAGGCUAUUGUUGCCCCUGGCAAAGGUAUUCUUGCCGCUGAUGAGUCCGUUUCUACAAUGGGCAAGCGUCUUCAAGACAUCGGUGUUGAGAACACAGACGAAAACCGUCGUCAAUACCGUCAAUUAUUGUUCUCCACUGACCCAAAAGUAUCUGAAAACAUUUCCGGUGUGAUUUUGUUCCACGAGACCUUGUACCAAAAGGCUGAUGAUGGCACUCCAUUUGUUGAAUUGUUGAAGAAGCGUGGAAUUAUUCCCGGAAUCAAGGUCGACAAAGGUGUUGUCCCAUUGAUGGGAUCUGAAGAUGAGUGCACCACCCAAGGUCUUGAUGACUUGGCUGCUCGUUGUGCUCAAUACAAAAAGGAUGGUUGCGAUUUCGCCAAGUGGCGUUGCGUCUUGAAAAUCGGCAAGAACACUCCAAGCUACCAAUCCAUCUUGGAGAAUGCUAAUGUCUUGGCUCGUUAUGCUUCCAUCUGCCAAUCGCAACGUAUCGUCCCAAUUGUUGAACCUGAGGUACUCCCCGAUGGUGACCAUGAUUUGGAACGUGCCCAAAAAGUUACCGAAACCGUUUUGGCUGCAUGCUACAAAGCUUUGAAUGAUCACCAUGUCUACUUGGAAGGUACAUUGUUGAAGCCAAACAUGGUAACCGCUGGACAAUCAUGCGCCAAGAAGUACACACCCGAUGAAGUUGCGCUCGCAACCGUUUUAGCCCUCCGCAGGACUGUCCCAGCUGCUGUUCCCGGAAUCACCUUCUUGUCUGGUGGUCAGUCUGAAGAAGAAGCAUCCGUUCACUUGAACGCCAUCAACAAAGUACCAUUGUUGAAACCAUGGGCACUUACCUUCUCAUACGGACGUGCCCUUCAAGCAUCUGUACUCCGCGCCUGGGCUGGUAAGAAGGAAAAUAUCGCCGCUGGCCAAACUGAACUCUUGAAACGUGCUAAGGCCAAUUCGCUUGCUUGUCAAGGCAAAUACGAAGCUGGAUCAAUUUCUUCGUUAGCCGGCAACACUUCUUCACAUGUUAAAAAUCAUAUGUACUAGAAAAACAGCAAUACACAAUAAACAUAAUUUAUACGGACUUUUCAACAACUACAAAUUUUGGAUAUAAAAAUAUUAUUAUUCCUAAGACUGACAAAAAAGACUUAAAUAAAAGUCGAUAUAUCCAAAAAAUACUACACUAAUCAUUUUGCAUUCUAAAUUUCUAUUCUAUUUAACAAAAUAUCAAAUUUCUUUAUUUGUAAUUUUUUAGUUUUUGUUUGUUUGUAUGCUUUUUAAUUGUUUGUUUUAUUUUAUGUUUUCUUUUAAUACUUUAAAUUUUAUUUGCUUACCUGUUUUUCUUACACUUCUAUAAAAAUACACCUAAUAUAUUCUUUGC